GGCGCGGCGGCGCACUCGAGCAUGGCCGCUGCCGCGGCGGGAGGAGCCCCGGGUCCGGCCCCCGGCCCCGCCAGGCCCGCGCCGGCCUCCCGGAACCCGCCGUCCGUGCCGCGGAGGCGCGGGGACUCCCGGCGGCGCCAGGCCGCUCUUUUCUUUCUCAACAACAUUUCCCUGGACGGACGGCCCCCGAGCCUGGGUCCUGGCGGCGAGAAGCCACCGCCGCCACCGCCCACCGAGGCCCGCGAGCCGCCCGCGCCGCCGCCCGCUCCACCCGGAGGCCUCCCGGGCCUGCCAGCCAGGCCCGCGCCCCAGGGCCUGCUCAGCCCCACCACCGCGCCCGCCGGCCUCGGUCUGGACGGGCAGCGCCAGAGGAGACGAGUCACAUCUCAGCGCUGUUCCCUCGAGUUUCUGGAAGAUGCAGUGGGAUGUGCCUCGGUGCAGAGAACCAAGCAUGCAUCUGGAUCACCAAGACAUAAAGGCCUGAAGAAAACCCACUUCAUCAAGAACAUGAGGCAGUAUGACACAAAGAACAGCAGGAUUGUACUCAUCUGUGCCAAGCGGUCCCUGUGUGCAGCCUUUUCAGUCCUGCCCUAUGGAGAGGGCCUACGAAUCAGUGACCUGAGGGUGGACAGCCAGAAGCAGAGGCACCCAUCCGGCGGCGUUUCUGUUUCUUCCGAGAUGGUCUUUGAGUUGGAAGGCGUUGAGCUGGGAGCAGAUGGAAAGGUCGUGUCUUAUGCAAAGUUCCUGUAUCCUACUAAUGCCCUGGUUACACACAAGAAUGACAGCCAUGGCUUGUUGCCCCAGCCUCGGACCAGCAUUCCCCGGGCUCCACCAGGAAGCGACGGGGGAGAUGCAGUAGAAUACAACCCCAACCUCCUGGAUGACCCACAGUGGCCAUGUGGGAAGCACAAACGGGUACUUAUCUUUGCUUCAUACAUGACCACGGUAAUAGAGUAUGUGAAGCCUGCAGACCUCAAAAAGGACAUGAACGAGACCUUCAGGGAGAAGUUCCCUCAUAUCAAACUGACAUUGAGCAAAAUUAGGAGUUUAAAGCGUGAGAUGCGGAACCUUUCUGAAGAGUGCAGCUUGGAGCCUGUGACCGUGUCCAUGGCCUACGUGUACUUUGAGAAGCUUGUACUGCAGGGCAAGCUCAACAAACAGAACCGCAAACUGUGUGCUGGUGCCUGCGUUCUGUUGGCUGCCAAGAUCAGCAGUGACCUCCGCAAGAGCGAAGUGAAGCAGCUGAUUGACAAGCUGGAGGAAAGAUUCCGGUUCAACAGGAGAGAUCUCAUUGGAUUUGAGUUCACAGUGCUUGUGGCUUUGGAACUGGCCCUGUACCUCCCUGAGAACCAAGUGUUACCUCACUAUAGACGCCUCACCCAGCAAUUCUAGUCCAGAACAGUGCACCCCACAGGAAGACUGCCUGGUAGGAAGGCAUGCAGCUUGGCUAGAGCACCGAGAUGACUAGUGUCCCUGUCCUCCUCCAAUACUGCACUUCUCCUCACAGCCCAAGGUGGCUCUGGGUUUCCUUGGCAACUUCACCUUCACCCCGAAGUGGCACUUUGAUUGCACCUCAAGGCACUUCUGAGGAGUUUCCUGGAGUAAAUGAACAGUGUGGGGCUUGGUUUGUUUUUCAUGUGCCUGAGACCAACCUGGUUUACACUGUCAGUCCUGAGGUCCAGCCUUUAUUUUGUUUAGGCCUUGCAACCCAUCAGCCGUGAAGCCAUUCCUGUGGAGACCUUGGUGUCCAGACUUUUCUGAACAUGCUGGAAUUGCCAGACUUAACACAUUUUUCUGGACAUGGCUGUGCAUGACGCCAAGACCCUGACCCCAUCAGAGCUCCCUACAUCAACACAUUUUUUCUGUCAAGGUGAAAGGAAGGACAGACACCUUGACCCAUUCUGACUUUGCUCACUCUUAGACCUUGUUAAAGCAUCUAUCACUGUGAAGUCCUUAUGCCAUCACAUAUACAGUGGGGCUUGGCCAAUACCACUACCCACCCCACCCCACCUUCUACUAGGAAAACUUCCCUGCAUCACUGGACCUUUAAGACAAUUGCUGACUUCAGGCUCCUGACUUUCCUAAGCAAUAUCAUGUAGAAAAGGUAUUAUAAUUUGAAAUUUGGUCUCUAUACAAACAGAAGCUAGCCUGAUAAGGUUUGCUGGUGACUAAACCACACUUGACACUCAAGCAGGAAGGCACUGACCUCUAACAGGGAGUUCAUCAUUAACUCCUGAGCAAAGUAGAUGCUGUCUAGGCCAACCUGCUUAUGCAUCCACUGUGCCACUGCCCCUCUGCUAGCACUGAACAGGCCCCUCCUCUGCUUUCCUAGGUCCGUUCUUCCACUCUUCCUGCACACUGGUCACUAGCCCAUGGUACACUGUCAGUCCCACUGCUGGCAACUGCUUGGAUCCACCUCACCACAGCCCCAACAAUGUUCAUGCCUCUCAGGACAGUGUCCAACCAUCUAGGCCCAGAGAAUCUCUAAUAGCUUAUAUAGGAACCUUGCAAGAUAGUGACAAACCAGUCUUGGGUCCCAACCAUGUUUAUGCCAGUAUAAGUAUGCUCAUGCUCCUAGAGUAUCUUGGGCUCAAGACAGUGGUCCUGGCAGACGGGUCAUCUGACUUGACUACCCUUGGAGGACAUGCCUGGGCAGUUUCCUCUAGAUGUAAUGUUGAAGAUGGUAAAUAGUAAUAACCUAAGCCUGUAUUAUUUAUGUAGUAGGAUUUAUUCAUCUACCAACCUUAUCUGCUGGAAGUCCUUCCCUGCCCUCCUUAAUACCAAGAGCUGCUGACAUGUCGAACCAAGGACUGUUGUGACAAAACCAACCCUUAAACCAAAUGACAGGAUGAACCCACAAUCCUAUAGACUGAGUCCAGAAAUCUGAAUAUAUCCCUGGUGUCCAGCUGGACUGUGACCCAAUGCCACAGACCUGGUGCUGCACCCUUAGCACCCAAUAGUGGACACAACUGUGUGAGAAUAUCUGACCUCAGAAUGUUGUGUGUCUGAUAGGUUUUGAAUGGAUGUUUAAAUGUUUUUGUUAAAGUAAAACUUGUUUUUGCAACAUACUUCUUAGUUUGUCUACCUUGAGAUGAGUGUACUGCCUCUCUGUUCUGGUCACAAUAAAAACACCAGCCACACACCAAAA